CACAGCCAAGUACAGCAUAUGGUCAUUCCUCCCUCGAUAUCUGUAUCUGCAGUUUAGCAAAGCUGCUAAUGCUUUCUUCCUGUUCAUUACUAUAUUGCAGACCUUGACACCACCAUUUUACUCUGACUCCAUGAAUCUGGCUACAUUAGAUAUCUCACAUAAGUGGAUUCAUGCAGUAUUUGUCUUUCUAUAGCGUACUUCAUUAUAAUGCCUUCAAGAUUCAUCCAUGUUGUUACAUGUGGCAGAACUUCCUUCUUUUUAUAAUUUUUUUUAACAUUUAUUUAUUUUUGAGAGACAGAAAGACACAGAGCGUGAGCAGGGGAGGGGCAGAGAAAGAGGGAGACACAGAAUCCGAAGCAGGCUCCAGGCUCCGAGCUGUUAGCACAGAGCCCGAUGCGGGGUUUGAACUCACAAACCGCGAGAUCAUGACCUGAGCCAAAGUUGGCUGCUUAACCAACUGAGCCACCCAGGUGUCUCAGAAUUUCCUUCUUUUUAAAAUCUGAAUAAUAUUCCAUUGUAUAGAUGCCACAUUUUCUUUAUCCACUCAUCCAUCGACAGACAUUGAUGUUGUUCCCAUAUCUUGGCUAUUGUGAAUAAUUCUGAGCUGAAUGUGGGAGUGCUGCUGUCUCUCCAAGAUCCUGGUUUCAACUUUUGGAUAAAUACCCAGAAGUGGGAUGGCUGAAGCAUAUGGUAGUUCUAUUUUAAUUUCUUUGAAAAAGUUCCGUAUUAUUUUCUGUAACAGCAGCACCAUUUUAUAUUCCCAACAGAAGUAUACAAGGAUUCCAAUUUUUUCACGUCCUCACCAACACUUGUUAUUUUCUGUGUUUAAUUAAUAGCCAUCCUAACAUGUGUGAGGUGAUACCUCAUUGUGGUUGCGAAUUUCAUUUGCCUGGUGACUAGUGACAUUGAGCACCUUUUCAUGUACCUCUUGGCCAUUUGUAUGUUGUCUUUGGAGAAAUGUCUAUUCAAGUCUUUUGCCCAUUGUGAUUGGAUUAUUAUUAUUAUUAUUUUCCUGUUGAAUUGGAGUUCCUUCUAUAUCCUUACCAGAUGGAGGGUUUUCAAAUAUUUUCUCCUAUUUUGUAGUCUGCCUUUGCAUUUUUUUGAUGGUUCCCCUUGCUGUGCAGAAGAAUUUUAGUUUGGUGUAGUCCCACUUGUCUGUUUUUGCUUUUGUUGCCUGUGCUUUUGGCGUCAUAUCCAAGAAAUCUUUGCCAAGACCAACGUCUGGAAGCUUUCCCUCUGUGUUUUCUUUUAGGAAUGACAUCUUUUCAAAACACUUAAAUUCAAGACCUUCCAUAAUCUGGUUUAUUCCUGUUUCUUCAACCUUGUUUUUGUCAUGAACCUUGCAACCCAACGCAAUCUGAGAGGCAAGUCUCCUCACAAUUCUUCGGUUUUCUUCCUCUCUUUAGACCUUGGUUCAUUCUAGUCUCCAACCCAGAAGGCACUCAUCUGGCUAUACCCCACCCAUUCUCUUAAAGGCAUAACUCAAAGCCAUCCCCCUCCAAACUCCACUAAAUGCCAUGUCCCAUGCUAAUUUCUCCCUCCCUUAUCUUCUGUAGCAGUAAUCUGUGCUAUGCAUUAUAAUUGGUUUUAUUUCUCCUGGCAAACUGCAAAUUCCUUGAGAAUAGAAACCGUGCCUUCAAGGGACACCUGGGUGGCUCAGUAGGUUAGCUGUCCCACUUCAGCUCAGAUCAUGAUCUCACAGUUGGUAAGUUUGAGCCCUGCAUUUGGCUCUGUGCUGACGGCUCGGAGCCUGGAGCCUGCUUCAGAUUCUGUGUCUUCCUCUCUCUCUGCCCCUCCCCCACUCACGCUUUGUCUCUGUCUCUCAAAACUAAAUAAAAACGUGGAAAGAAAGAAAGAAAGAAAAGAAAAGAAACAGUGCCUUCAAAACGGCCAAGCUUUGAGAUAAGAAUUUACUGAAUCUGUUGAAUUGACCUUAAACAGAAGAUUGGCACUAGCAAAAAUUUAUAGAGAUCACAGAGCGUGUACCAAAACCUGGGCGUGAAAUUAAUAAUUCAAGGAUGAAUUGUCAGACGUAGUUCUCCCUUUGGAGAGCGGGUAGUCUUAACAUACAAGUGCUUUAGGAAAUAUUUAUAAAGUGCUAGGGAACACGGCCUACUCUGGGCUUGAGGGCGAGUGGUUCAGGAAAAGGUACUGAAAAAGAAGACAUUUGAGCCAAAGACCAGAGAAUGAGGAGCUCAACAGUAAGUAGAGGUCAGCAGAAGAAGAGAAGACCUUUGGGGCACAGAAGACCGUGUGAGCAAAGGCACAGCAACCGGAAACACUGGUCGCCUUUUGAGAGAACCGGGGACCCAGUGGGGGAGGGAAAGAGGUAGACUUUUCUCCAAGAAGGUCUUAUAUGUUUUGCAUUGUGGAAAUUUAAAGCGUUAAAAUUUUCUCUAGCAUGUGAAAUGUUCUGGAAAUGGUAAAAAUUUUGUCUGGAGUGUAGAGAAGAAGCUAAAGAUGUUGGCCGAGGCCAGGUAACGAGAAGCUUCGGGAGCUACAUUCAGAAGCUUGGACUGUAGUGAGAAGGCAGUGACAGUCAGGAGCUACAGUGAAGUGACCAGCUCCGGCGAGGCUUUAACUGAGGAAAAGAGAGAGGGGGGCCUGGGAGCAACACGACGGGCUUGGGGUGCACUGGAGAGAGAUGGAGAAGUCAGGCAGAGGCAAGUUAUUUGGAAGGCAGGUUUCAUUGAUAGCCUCAGUGAUCCUAGAACCUCUCCCUUUCUUCCUCUGUGUCUGACUGCUUUUAAAGUAACCACAAGAAUUAUUGAGCGCUUCAGAAUAGAUACUCUUUGGCUGCACAAAGAAAUAACAAGCAGGAAAUAAGGCAGCAUAGAGAGUAUCCACUCUCUAGACCCAAGUCUAGAAAUACAGGCCUGAGAGCUGUUCUAAAUCUGUUAAAGGAUCUCCUUUACAACCUCAUCUACCCUUGAGUCCAUCAGAAAACUGCCAGUCUGCUUGUCACUUUAUUUCUCCUAUCUUUAAACAGUGGGGCAUAGCCCCAGAGCCCUCUCCACAGGUAAUUUGUACCCAAGCAACGUUAUUCUCCCAGGCCUCCAAAAAAUUUCUCUUCCGCCUCAAAAAGAAGCAAGAUUCGGUUAAGAUAACUGACCUUCUGGCUUUAACUGUUUGGAAAGGAUGCUAUCUUAGACAAUUAAGUUUUGAAAGCUUCAAAUACAGUCAGCUUCAGAAUACAGUCCAAGCCUCUGAAUUCAAAACAUAAUAACAGUAUUCUCUUGGGAAGGUGACAUAUGACUGAAGCGUUAAGUAGGCGCCCUGGUGGCUUUCCCAUAAUGUAAUGUUUCACACCAUGCUCGAGGGAUGGUUUCGAUGUGCUAAGAGUCUCUUUCCCCUUUUUAUUUGACACCGUGUGUUGUUUUCAUGUCCUGGGUAUGCCACGAGUAGCCUGGCUUUUAGCGUUAAGCAAAAUACAAGAAAAAUGUAUCAUAGAAUUCAUAGUGUAACUCUGUUUUCGCAGCAAAUUCCAGAUGUGUCUCCAACGGGAAAAUAUACAACUCUCUUGCCUUUGAUGAUUAUACUUACCAUUUCAGGCAUCAAAGAGAUUGUAGAAGAUUAUAAACGACAUAUGGCAGACAGAUUAGUCAACACAAAGAACACAAUAGUGUUCAGAGAGAAUGAAUGGCAAGUGAUUAUGUGGAAAGAGGUCAAGGUGGGUGACAUUGUGAAGGCCUCAAAUGGACAGUUCCUUCCUGCAGACAUGGUUCUGAUUUCUUCCAGUGAACCUGAGGCAACAUGUUAUGUUGCAACAUCUAAUCUGGAUGGGGAGACAAACCUAAAAAUACGGCAGGCUUUGUUAGAAACAGCUGAAAUGCAAACAGAACAAUUGUCAAGCCUCUCUGGAAAGAUAGAAUGUGAAGGACCUAAUCGUCAUUUCAAUACCUUCAUUGGAACCUUGUAUCUAAAUGGUAAAAGCCCUGUUGCAGUAGGGCCUGAUCAGGUCUUGCUAAGAGGUACACAACUUAAAAAUACCCGGUGGAUCCUUGGCAUAGUUGUUUACACUGGAUCUGAAACCAAAUUCAUGCAGAAUUCCAUCAAAUUGCCUCUCAAGAGAUCGACUGUUGAGAAGGUGACCAACGUGCAGAUCCUGGUGUUGUUCCUGCUGCUUCUGGCCAUGUCCUUGGUGAGCUGUGUGGGAGCCAUACUCUGGAAGGAAGGGCAUGGAGGAGACAUUUGGUACAUCGGGACGAAGGAUUACAGCUCCCACAGCUUAGGGUUUGACAUAUUGGUGUUCAUCAUCUUGUAUCACAAUCUCAUCCCCGUUAGCCUGCUGGUCACUCUGGAAAUUGUGAAAUAUAUUCAGGCCCUGUUUAUAAACUGGGAUGAAGAUAUGCAUUAUGAAGGAAAUAACGUCUAUGCCAUGGCCAGAACGUCCAAUCUUAACGAAGAGCUUGGGCAGGUAAAAUAUUUAUUUUCUGAUAAAACAGGAACACUCACUUGCAAUAUUAUGACAUUGAAGAAGUGUACCAUUGCAGGUAUAAUUUAUGGAAAUCUGUCAAACAGAAGUGAUACCGUUUUGGACAACCUAAGUGCAUCACCGUCUGCCAUCACAGAAUCCGGUGGAUUUAAUGACCCAACAUUAUUGCAGAACUUUGAGAAUGGCCACCCCACGAGAGAUUACAUAAAGGAGUUUCUCACCCUGUUAUGUGUGUGUCACACUGUUGUUCCCGAGAGAGACGGAGGUAAUACAACCUACCAGGCUUCCUCCCCAGAUGAAGCAGCUUUAGUGAAAGGAAUGAAGAAACUUGGCUUUGUUUUUACCACAAGAACGCCAUCCUCUGUCACCAUAAAUGCUAUGGGAGAAAACUUCACAUUUGAAAUUCUUAACAUCCUGGAGUUUUCUAGUAAUAGAAAAAGGAUGUCUGUAAUUGUCCGAACUCCUACAGGAAAGCUCCGGCUGUACUGCAAAGGGGCUGAUACAGUGAUUUAUGAGAGACUUUCAGAUGACUCUCUCUUUGUGAAGGAGACAUUAACCCAUCUGGAAUAUUUUGCCAAAGAAGGACUGAGAACUCUCUGUAUUGCCUAUACAGAUUUAACGGAGAAACAAUAUCAACAGUGGUUGAUGGAGUAUAAAAAAGCAAGUACAGUUAUACAGGACAGAAGGCAGAGUUUGGAAGAAUGUUACGAUCAUAUCGAAAAGGAAUUUCUGCUGCUUGGUGCCACAGCCAUUGAAGAUCACCUUCAAGCACGUGUUCCAGAAACGAUAACAACUUUACUGAACGCAAACAUAAAAAUAUGGGUCCUGACAGGAGAUAAACAAGAAACUGCAAUUAACAUAGCAUAUUCCUGUAAACUGUUAUCAACUAAAAUGCCUUGUAUUCGAUUGAAUUCAAACUCACUCGAGGCAACACAACAAGCAGUUAAUCAGAACUGUCAAGAUCUUGGAGUCCUGUUAGGUGAAGAAAAUGACCUGGCCCUCAUCAUUGAUGGUGAAACACUGAAGUAUGCCUUCCAUCCUGAAGUUAAGAGGAGCUUUGUCAACUUGGCCCUCUCAUGCAGAGCAGUAUUAUGUUGUAGGUUAUCUCCCCUCCAGAAGGCAGAAAUAGUCGACGUGGUUAAGAAGCACGUAGGGGCCAUCACUCUUGCCAUCGGGGAUGGUGCCAAUGACGUUGGGAUGAUCCAGAUGGCCCACGUGGGUGUGGGAAUCAGUGGGAAUGAGGGCAUGCAGGCCACCAACAACUCAGAUUUUGCCAUUGCACAGUUUAGCUACUUGGAGAAGCUUCUGUUGGUUCAUGGAGCUUGGAAUUAUUUUCGAGUGACAAAAUGCAUAUUAUAUUGUUUCUACAAAAAUGUCGUGUUAUAUGUUAUUGAGCUUUGGUUCGCCUUUGUUAAUGGAUUUUCUGGGCAGAUUAUAUUUGAACGCUGGUGCAUCGGCUUGUACAAUGUGAUUUUCACUUCAUUACCACCUCUUACUCUGGGAAUCUUUGAACAGUGUUGCAGUGAGAAGAGCCUGCUUAGGUGCCCACAACUCUACAGGAUUUCUCAGGCAGGGAAAAUUUUCAACACAAAGGUAUUUUGGUUUCAAUGCACAAAUGCUUUGGUCCAUUCCUUCAUUCUCUUCUGGCUGCCCAUGAAAAUGCUGGAGCAUGAUAUGGUCUUACAAGGGGGUUACACUACAGACUAUUUGUUUCUUGGAAAUUUCAUUUAUACGUAUGUAGUUGUUACUGUUUGUCUGAAAGCUGGUUUAGAGACACUAUCUUGGAAUAAAUUUAAUCAUCUGGCAAUUUGGGGAAGCAUAAUUAUAUGGCUGGUGUUUUUUGCAAUUUACUCUUUCUUAUGGCCCACCAUUCCUGUUGCUCCUGAAAUGACAGGACAGGUCAGUGUGGUCCUGCUUUGUCCACACUUCUGGCUGGGUUUCUUCAUAGUCCCUAUUGUGUGCCUGAUUCUAAAUCUACUAUGGACAUCGAUUAGAAAUACCUGCAACGGAACGUUCCUAGAAGAAGUUCGUAAGAUGGAAAGAGGCAGAGUUCAAGAACUUCAUCUUCCAACAGCGUUUGAAAAGAGCGUGAAGACAGAACACCUCCGACUGCCUCUGUCCAGCCAGCUGCACAAGGUGGUCUUCCAGGAUGAAUCUGUUGAUCGAAGCGCCCCACGUGGGUACGCAUUUUCUCAGCUAGAACAAGGUGUGAUUACUCAGGAAGAACUCAUCCGUUCUUAUGACGCUACUAAAAUCAAAACCAGUGAGAGCUUAUAGUCCGAUCUCUUCUGAGUCCAGCUACGAGUGAGGUUUGGACCACAUCCUGUGUUCUCAUGUCCUUCCCCGAGACCGUAGAACGUGCCAACGCCCCCAAAUGCUCAUUUCUUGUGGCUCUGGCCAAUUUGUUAUUUAUGUAUCGACGGAGUCACAAUCCUUGGAUAUAAAUAAUGGGGGAAGCCUAUUUGCUUUUUUUAAAAUUUGCGUUCAAUGUUUCACCUAACUUGUUUACUUUUUUGUGGUUGUGAGAUAAUCAGUUCAGUCUGAAGUAUAAAAUUAAAAGCAUUCUGUUUCACCAAAACUUAAGCUCUGGUAUAAGUUGUUUUGGGAGAAAAGGUAAAGAAUGUC